UUUUAAUCAAGUAAAAAAUAAAUUGGUGCUCAAAAAAUAAAGAAGAUUAAAAUUUUUAUUAGAGGACGACUUUAAGAGAAAUAAAUCUCCAAAAAAAUGGAAUCUCGCAUCGUUAAAUUAAUUUCGGCUGGACGUAUGAGCUACAAAGCUGGUCUGCAUUUACAAAAGACUUUGGUUGACCAGCACCACUAUCAUCCAAAUUCAACCCAAGAAAAUACGCUUGUAUUAAUAGAGCACAAUCCCGUUUACACGAUCGGGAUCCGCGAUAAAAAUUACACAGCUGAAGAAAUCGAAAGACUACGAGGAACCGGUGCUGAGUUUUUUACAACGAACCGCGGAGGUUUGAUAACAUUCCACGGUCCAGGUCAGCUGGUAGCUUACCCGAUUAUCAACUUGAAGCAAUUCAAGCCUUCAGUCAAGUGGUACGUCGAGCAAAUUGAGAAGACGGUGAUAAGACUGUGUGCAGAAAUGGGAAUAAAAGCCGAAACUUCACCACAUACCGGAGUCUGGGUUGGUGACAAGAAAAUUUGUGCGAUAGGUAUCCACGGCAGCCGGUUCAUAACUUCUCAUGGACUAGCGUUAAAUUGCAACACGGACCUCCAGUGGUUCAAGCACAUUGUGCCUUGUGGAAUCGAGGGUAAAGGCGUGACGAGUCUCUCUGAAGAACUAAACACAGAAGUCACUAUCAGUGAUGUUAUUCCGCUCUUCAAAAAUGCCUUUGAGGAUCAGUUCAAGUGCACGAUCGUUGACUACCAGCCUGGUGAAGCCUCAGAGAUCAUGCGAGCCGCUGUUUCUUCUACGAAAUGAUUUAUAAUUAGUAAUUGUUUGUUUAUGUAAGAAAUUAGUGUUCGUUUUUAUGUAAUUUUUUUUUUUUAAUUGUUAACUGUUAAGUAUUGUGGUAAAUUACGAGUUUUAAGGAAUGAUUAUGAUAUUUUUA